AUGCUGCGCGACUGCUCCGUGCGGUCCAAGCUGCCGGUAGCCAACCUUCUGGUGGUGGGCGACGCGGAGAGUGGCAAGUCGGCGCUGCUGGCGCGUCUGGAUGAGGCUAAAUCGACUCCCUCGGAGACAGCUGACGAAACGCACGCUGUGGACACGCUGUUGGCCUUCAAGACACUCGAUGUGCUAGACCCACGCGCGAAGGAGAGCGGUGGCGAUGCCUCUGGUACUGAAAAUGCGGCUACACGUUCUGGAAGCGAGGACGUGAUAGCGCAUAUCGGCACGUGGAGUCUUAAUGACUUGAGUCUAAAGGACCUCAUCAAGAUCGCAGUGAAGCCCCAGACGCUGCAAAAGACGGUGGUGGCCAUUGUGCUGGACCUUUCGCGGCCCUGGACCAUCAAGAGCUCGCUGGAGCAGUGGCUGUCGGCGCUGGAAGGACAUUUACUGGAACAGAUCAACCAGCUGGCUUCGGAGACGAGGAACGAGCUGUACGCAGCCAUCAAACAGCACAUUUUGGCCUACGAAGACCCGAGUGUCGACCACUCUGCACCGACGCCCAUGGACACGUCUACGAGUGAAUUCAUGGAAGAAGGCGUGUUGUCGAAGAACUUGGGUGUGCCUCUUGUGAUUGUUGUGGCCAAGGCGGAUCUACGUCCAGAAAAUUCUGUCAAAAUGGACUACAUCGAGUACACGUUACGCCAGUUCGCGAUUCGAUACGGCGCGUCGGUGGUGUUUACCUCUGCCAAAACUGAAGCCAACGUCGAUACACUUCGCAAGUAUAUUCUGCACCGUGCGUUCCCGUCCCAGUUCAAGCUCACGGAGCCUCCGCAACUAGUGGACCACAACAGUAUUUUCAUCCCGUCGGGCUACGACUCGUUCGAGCUGGUGAACCAGAGUCUUGUGGGCUCGCAGGCGCGCUGGCCCACUGACAAACCGUUCGAGAAAAUCGUCCUGGCGCCGACCGAAGACACGGAGGAUGCUGCUGCCGUGCUGGCUAGUGAUAUUCGUGUGGACAGUCACGACCAGUGGCUGGAAAAGCUGGAGAAGGCCGCCGGCGCUGGUCUGGAAGAGCUGCAGAAGCAAAGUAUUGAAGCCGGCAAGAAGGCGGAGCAGGCAGCAGUCGCGCGUCGCGCUGCCGCUGAUCGCCGUAAACGUGAAGAGAAGGACGUGAGCUCCAAGCACCUGCAGAACUUCUUCAACAACCUGCUCAGCCGGCCUGAGAAGACCAGAUCUUCUCGGUCUAUGAGCGACAAGAAGAAGGAGAAGAGUGACCAGUCGUUGGGAGAGCAGGAGACAAAGCGCUCCGCUGUUUAGAACCCGCUCUUGUCAUUUUAUCUUCAGUGUUUGCGUCAUUUCCUGCUACUCAUUGUCUGGUAGUAGACAGCGAGGCAAAUACACUGAGCAGGAGCUCGUUGAACGCGCUACCAGAUGA